UUGGUUUGAAUUCAAACUUUUUUAUUGCUUAUUUGUUCUCACCAGACUUUAUACAAAGCUGUUCCACGAAAAUCUGUGUAAAGAGCAUAAUUUGGCACUUUUUUUGUGUUACGCUCUUAGUUUUCUCUUAGCAGUUCCUAAAGGCAAGUUUCAUUUCCGCUAUGGAGUGGAAGCAGAGCACUGGCGCUGGUCUUACAGCAGAUAUGGGGGAGAGAAGUGUCACAGAACACGUGUUAAAGAAAUGCCCAAAAUUCGAUUUGCUGUAUGACAUUUUUGGCAGACGUAGCAAUGUGAACGUCAACAUUGUGGAAUCUGACGCUCCUGUGGAGUGUCUUAUAAACCCACCACAAGUAGAAGUAGAAGCCAUUGCUAUGCCCACAAAUGUCCGAAAUGAAACUGAUUCGGACAGUGCAGUGGAAGAUUCUCCAAUUUCCUCAACAUCAUCUAGAAUGCGCGGAAUGAAUCGAAAAAGAUCUAGUUACGCACAACGCGAUUCUACAUCCUACAUUAUUGCGCUACAACAACGCAGAAUCGAAAUAGAGGAACAGAAAUUAAAAAUUAUGAAAGAAAACGCAGAUUUAGACAGAGCACAAGCACUUCAAAUGAAAAAAAUGGAAUUAGAAGCUCACAAGGAAUUGGAGCUGGAAAAAUUAAAACUUGAGCUUGAACUCAAAAAAUAUGAAAUUGAUUUGAAAUACAAAAAUCAGUAAUUGUA